UUAGCCAAACAUAUCAAAGAUCUCGACGUUAUGCUUUUUGGCUUAACUAUCAACGAUUUGAUCAAUCUUGCAUAUGAUCUGGCCGUAGCCAACGGUGUGGCUGACCGAUUUAGCAAGGAGAAAAAGUCCUCAUGGAAGAAGUGGUACUAUGCCUUCAUGAACCGACAUCCAAAGCUAACUCUCCGUUCGCCCGAGGCGAGGACACAAAACCGUACCAAGGGAUUCAACAGAAAUAAUGUGUAUGAGUUCUUUGAUAAAUAUUAUGCAAUAAAAGUGAAACAUGGAAAUCUUGAAAAAUACAAUAUGGAUGAAACCGCCCACUCAACCGUCCAAACUCCAUCGAAGGUGGUUUCAACAAAAGGCAAACGUCAAGUUCGAAUACCACUGGUAUCCCUUUAUUUCAAACGAAAGCGUAUGACUGAUAAACUCAAAGUCGGCGCCCCAGAGGGAACUUCCAACUCUUGCACAUCGUCUUGCUGGAUCGAUAAAGAUGUGUUUGAUGAAUGGCUUACACACUUCAUCAAGUGUACACAAUCUUCCAAAGACAACUUGCACCUACUACUUUUGGAUGUCCAUGGUUCGCAUACGAAAAACUUGGCGGAAAUUAAUCUCGCAAGAGAGAAUGUCAUUAUGCUACCAUUUCCACCCCAUCCAACAAUUAAGAUUCAACCCCAGGACGUCAGUUUCUUUAAAUCCCUUAAAAACUGGUAUAACAUUGAAAUA